UUCAAUUAAUUUCGGACGGGUGAACAUUCUCCGGUUCAGACGUCUUGUUCAGUGCACAAACUCGCCCAACCACAUGUGAAAAUAACGUGUAAAUGCGUUUUAAAAGUUACUUGUUCAGUUGUUGAAUAAUUUGGUGAGAUGAACGAGUUAGCUGUUCCUCCUGCGCCCCUUUGGUACAGGAGUUCAGUGUUGGCGUGUGCCCCUGACAAUACCUUGGUGUAUGGCGCAAAAAGCGAUAUUGUUAUCGUUAGGGAAAAAGGCCCCGAAGAACCGGCCGAAGUGAAAUUGAUUCAUUCGGCUCACUCUAAACUUCUCACUUCCGUUAGUUUGAACAGGAGAUGGAAGGAGCCCCAUUCGUACGUGGUGUCCCUGGGGGAAGACAGCGUGAUGAAGGUGUGGGACUUGGAUACCUUCGAGAAGAAAACGUCGAAUAGGGAUCAUGUGGAACACAAAAACCCCGUAAUUGGGGCCGUUUUUGCGGGUGAUGAUCGCGUCGUAAGUGCGUCAUCGACCGGUUUUGUACACGUCUGGAAUAUCAACACGAAUGAGUCCAAGCCUUUGGUAGAUUUAUUCAAAAGUAAAGUCACUCUGACUUGUCUUUCGUCGUGCCCCCAUGCCGGCUGGCUCAUGGCCUUUGGACUAAAUAACGGUGUGGUGAUCGUGGCCGAUUUGCGUCGCAAUGGGCAAGUUUUGUAUAAAUUGAGGGGGCAUUAUCAGGCGGUUGUUUGCUUGUCUUGGUGUCCAGCACCCGUAAAUAUCUUUCCGAGACAUGGCCAGAAUACGGUUAAAAAUAAAUCAAGCGAAAGUGAGCACAAUGAGGGUUCUAGUUCAGAUAAGACAGUUGAGACCAAAGAAAAGGUCAAUCCUUGGGUAAAUCUAGUUCAUGCAGAUGAUGGCGAAGCCUCAUCUGGUAAAGAAACCCUCUCGGACACAAUCUCCGAUUUUUUGAAAGAUUGUCAUCUUUUGAAAAGUAAGAUAUUAGGGCUUGAACCAGAACUUGUAAAAUCAGCGGAAGUAAAAAACUCAGCCGCUGAUAACGAGGCAGAAAGCGAAGUUGAAUGUGAACGUGAGUUUGUGCCUGAAGUGGACUGUGGUAGGCCUCUGCCGAAACUGUACGACCCAAGUGGCGACUUUUUGGACGAUUCUGUGCUAGAUUCCGAAAUUAUCGAAGAUAAAGAUGAAGGAAAUGAGAAGGAUAUUGAGCACACGGGCUCAGAAGUGAAGACUGAUCAAACGGACGAAACCCGCGAGAAGUUUGACUCGCCGGAAAAAUCCGAAUGUGAUAGCGUUCUGGAAUCAGAAACUGAAAAACAUGAUAAUACUCCAGAGGAGUCGCCAAAAAUUGCUACUCCAGAGGAAUCUCCAAAGGUUGUAGAACCGAUUGAGGAAGAACCAAGAGCUGAGUAUUUGCUCGCAUCGUGUGGAAAAGACAAAAGUGUUUACAUCUGGCGGGCGGGGACUGACGGUAGAAUGCAGACGUUCUUCCAAGCCGCUAAAAAGGGCAACAAUCGCAGGAAGAACGAAAGCACUUGGAUGUCCCUGUGUUGGAUUGCCCCAGAUUUAUUACUGACCUCGUCAACAAAGGACGAACUUCUAGCCUGGCCUUUGCCCAAACCCAAAACACCCAAGCAAUACCGAGUUGUCCACCUUGAACACUCAUCCCUCAUUUUCAACAUCGUGGCCCCUCCCAAGUACACGACGGCGUUCAAUUGGCGCGAAAAACACGAACUUAGUGCGUGGACUUGGAGCCAAGACGGAAACUUGGUUUGUUUUGACUUGGACGCGGAAAAAACACGGAUGUGUUUUUCGUGCAUAACUGCGUUCAUCACUUGUUGCGAUACUUCACCUUUGGAUCCCAAUCGACUUGCGAUCGGUUUGAAAGACGGUGGUAUCAAAAUCUGGGAUUUGAGUCUCCCACAUACUAAAACUAUCACAAUGCAGAAAUACCAUCCCAAAUAUACGCACAAAGUUACCACGAUUGCCUGGCACCCUACCAGGGAAAUGUUUCUAGGGUUCGGGACUGAGGAAGGACGCGUCGGCUCGAUUGACCUCAUUUCGAAGAAAACAACGCUUUUUUCUCACUACUUUCACAGCCAAGUGUAUAAAGUCGAGUGGGGGCCUUUGAAUGCGGACUUACACAACUUAGGGCUUUAUGCGGUGGCUGAGGGCAAGAUUAUCAUUUAUGACGUAUCAAACCCCGACCAAGGGCCGUCUUUCUUGGACCUUCCCAACAACUUGUACGUCUAUAAAUUCGCCUGGAAGCCGGACUUUCGUUUGCUUUUGUUGAACGGAAAAGACGGUUCUUUGUUGGUGCUAACGAUCGAUUUAGUGGCCAUUACUACGCUUUAUCCGAACGAAAAAGGCCUUAACGGAAUCGUGUGGCAUCCUGAUUCUUUCAUGGACAAAACCGACGUUUCCCCUCGUUGUAACUGGUUUGCAGCGACCACAGUUAAAGGGAUCUUGGUCUACGAUUGCGGGUCAAUCCGAGAAAGUGACAAUUUUGCCGAAAACAUUGUCGCUACGUUUGAGGGACAUGUGAAGCCGCCUUUGGCCUUAGCGUGGUGUCUUUUUGAUGGUAAUAGAAUCGCGUCGACUGCUUCGGAUGGACUGGUCCAUGUGUGGGACGUGUCAACGAAAUCAGCAGUUGCGACUUUUGUUGACUUCUGCCUGAGUCAUAAUCCGGCAGUUGUUUGGAGUCCGAUCGAUCCAGAUUUGAUUAUUACAGGUGAUAGGAUGAUUCAGGUUUGGAGAGUUUCCAAAAAUCCGCCAAAAUUGGACGAAGAGUUUCUAGCUGAGAGGAAACGUCUUGUGGCUAAAAUGGCCAAAAGCGAUGACAAAGUUGACAAAAGUCGAUUUUUAAUUGAGGUGCCGAAAGCCAAAACUCCAGCUAAAAACUACAUAGUGCCUAGUUUUUACGUAUCAAAUGAUGAGAACCUGGAAAUGCAAGUGGGCAAUAUGAAAAAGUUGUUAGACCAAGUUGAAAAUAAAAAUACAGGUGAUGGCAAGUUAGGGCCCCUUGAGUUAUUUGGGUCCAAGGAACAAGUGUCGCAACUUUUAGACACAAAUUAUAAUCAACAGAAAAAAGAGGGUAAAUUUAAAUCUUGUGAGUUGAUUUCGCUGUGGAAAGGGGACGUAGGUGAUUAUAUUCAAACUGCCAUUGAUGAGAAUCGCGUCAACCCCACGACUAUUAAUUUGGCCGCAAUGGUUUCGCCAAAAUUAUGGCAAGAUGCGUGUCUGUCAUACGCGAAAAAAUUGUCAGAGGAUGCCGCGUCUGAUCCGUUCGAGACAGCAAUGUACUUUUUAGCGUGCCAUAAAAUCGAAGAAGCGAUAAAUUCACUGUGCACCAGUCUCAUGUUUAAGGAAGCUUUAGUUUUGGCCAAACAGAGGCUUCCGGAAAAUAGCGUGUUUAUCACGGAAGUGACGCAAAAAUGGGCCGAACAUUGUGUAACCACCGGCAAUUUCGAAAAUGCUGCUUUUUGUUAUAUUUCGAUUAAGGAAUAUGAAAAUGCCGCCAAGGUUUUAGCGCGAAGGAAUCAUAAGGAAUUUCUCGAUUUUGCAGCCGAAUUGGCCGAAAAAGCGGGAAAUAAAGGACUGCAUGACUCGAUUAAAUAUAAGUGUAGUGAACUGGAAAAUACUCCACAAAAUGGUGCAGGUGACGAAAUGCCGUCUCGAAUUGAUGCCGUUUUGGAGAAAAUGACUGAGAAUCAAGAUGCAGUUUCAGAGAGUGGCUCUGAAAUUACCAAUGGAUCUCACCCGGAAUCAGCCCAUAAUGAAAAUUAGGCGCCACUUUAGGCGUGAUAGAAGAUUGUUUAAGUUUUAAGACUGAACCAACCGAAUAGUAUUUUAAUUUUUAUAGUUUUUGCUUUGUUUUUUAUUUUUGUUUCGUUUGUUUUCUAAGAAUAAAACUUUUUUUACUUUAAAAA